GCGUCAUUUCCGUUGUCAGGUGGUGCUGCUAUGGAAAGAUGUGAUCAGAGGGUCAGAAAGAGGAGGCUUUUCCUGAUUGCUCAUUUCAGUAAUAAUAAAACAACUUCUGAAAUUACAAACGACGUUCUCGUUUGGUUGGAAAAACAAAGAUCAAUGCGCCGCGCCGAUUAGAAAGCUGAGAGAAUGCCCUUGGUGUAGAAGAGAACGUUUCCCCGGUUGUUUUGGGUCAAGAGCGCGAGCAGGAUGUCCAAGCGGCGCAUGGCGGAGCGGGUUUCCGGGGAAACCUCGGGCCGGGCCAGCAAGCUCCUGUGCACCGGAAUAUCGGGAAACAGCGGGAAGAGAGCCGGACCCUUCAUCCUCGGACCUCGGUUGGGGAAUUCUCCGGUGCAGAGCAUCGUUCAGUGUCUGGCCAGGAAGGACGGGACCGAUGAUUUCUACCAGCUGAAGAUCCUGACCCUGGAGGAGCGGGCGGACGCCGGGGCGGAGACUCAGGAGGAGCGGCAGGGGAAGAUGCUGCUCCACACGGAGUACUCCCUCCUCUCCCUGCUCCACAGCCAGGACGGCGUGGUGCACCACCACGGCCUCUUCCAGGACCGGGCCUACGAGAUGGUGGAGGACCCGGACUCCACCAGGGUCCGCCGGAUGAAGAAGCGCAUCUGCCUGGUGCUGGACUGCCUGUGCGCCCACGACUUCAGCGACAAGACGGCCGACCUGAUCAACCUGCAGCAUUACGUCAUCAAGGAGAAGCGCCUGAGCGAGCGCGAGACCAUCGUCAUCUUCUACGACGUGGUGCGCGUGGUGGAGGCGCUGCACAAGAAGAACAUUGUUCACCGAGACUUGAAACUGGGGAACAUGGUGCUAAACAAACGGACACACAGAAUCACCAUCACCAACUUCUGCCUGGGGAAGCAUCUGGUGAGCGAGGAUGACCUUCUGAAAGACCAGCGGGGCAGUCCUGCCUACAUCAGCCCGGACGUACUGAGCGGCCGCCCGUACCGCGGGAAACCCAGCGACAUGUGGGCCCUGGGGGUGGUGCUGUUCACCAUGCUGUACGGCCAGUUCCCCUUCUACGACAGCAUACCUCAAGAGCUCUUCCGCAAGAUCAAAGCCGCAGAGUACAGCAUUCCAGAGGACGGGCGUGUGUCGGAGAACACCGUGUGCCUGAUCCGGAAGCUUCUGGUCCUGGAUCCUCAGCAGAGACUGACUGCAGCCGAGGUGCUGGAGUCCCUCAGCGGCAUCAUCGCCUCCUGGCAGUCCGUCUCCUCUCUCAGUGGUCCCCUGCAGGUGGUGCCAGACAUCGACGACCAGGUCAACCACCCGGAGCAUCUACAGGAGGCGAAGGUGACGGAGGAGUCCUCUCAGUACGAGUUUGAGAACUACAUGCGGCAGCAGCUGCUGCUGGCGGAGGAGAAGAACACUAUCCACGAGGCCAAGGGCUUCCUCAGCCAGCGCCACUUCGGCAGCAUCCCGCCGGUGCGCCGCCUCGGACACGACGCCCAGCCCGUCAGCCCGCUGGACGCCGCCGUGCUGGCUCAGCGCUUCCUCAGGAAGUAGGUGGGCGGGGUCUGAGGGGAGCUGCCACACCCCGCCCCCCCCCGUCCUCCCCCCCCCAAAAAAAAACUAAAACUCACAAACUCAGCCCAACCUCAGCAGCAUAGCUCAGCUCAGCUCAGCUCUGCCCCGCCCCCAAGCAAGGACAUAGCCAAUAGGCUGGGAUGUGGAGGGGGGCGGGGUCAUGGAGGGGGUACCCGUGGGACUCUUAACACCGUACACACACACGCGCGUACACACACACGCGCACACACAAACACACACCCACACGCGUACACACACACACUCUCACACAUGCACACACACAUACAAACACGCGUACACACACACACACACACACAAGGACAGAAUUUAAGCUCAGUGCUAACAGAGGAAGAAGACUCUGGACUGGGAGCAGUGGGAGAGUUUUGAUGGGGGGGGGAGGGUCUGAACCUCAUGGGGCUCUCAUCCCCACCCCAACUCUCCCGCCCCCCCCAUUUCCCCUUUCCACUCCUGCUUACGGUCACUGGUCCUGACCCCCCCCCCCUUCUACCAGCUGCUGUUUGGGAACUGGACUGAGGCCCCCCCCCACCCCCACCCCCACUCACCUAAAUCCCAAAACUUCAACCUCCCACCCCGACCCCUGCACAUACACUCACUCACUCACACACACACACACACACACACUCUCUCACACUCACACUCACACUCACACACACACACACACACACACACACACCAGGUCGUCAAGAGCAAUACGGUGUUCCGCGUUGGAAUCAUGUAGCAACCCCCUCCCCCCCCCCCUCAGCACACGCGCACCCCCCACCCCACCAAUGACCCUCAGACCACAUGACCACGGACAUCAUUACUGCCACGAGCCUGAAGCUUUUUUUCCCCCCUUCUUUCUUCUCAACCAAAAGGAUCUGUAUUUGUUCUGUAACUACGACUUCAAAACUACCUCUGUCUCCUUUCCCCACCCAACAGCCCUUUUCUUUAAAAAACAAACAAAAAACAAACAAAAAAAGAUUGGUGAGUCAUGGGGGUGAUGGCGCCCCCUGGUGUGGUGGAGAAGCAUUACCUUUCCUAUUCUUUCUGUUUUUUUUUUUUGGUGUAUUAAUGUGGGGUGGAGAUUCUCCACCAAAUUUGAAUAAGCUUUGCCCGUCCCCCCUCAAUUAAAAGGUAGCAUUUUGUUUCCUCUCUCCCCCCUCCACAUUUUAAAAAAUGCAGAUUCUCGUUCUGGCCUCUGACAACUUCUGGUAACUGAAAUAUUGCAGAAAGCAUGUUCUUUUUCCUUUUCUUUUUUUUGGAUUUUUCAUUUCUGUAUUUCAAAGUUUGUUUCAAUUUUGAUCAUUUAGCAUUUCUGGCAGCUAAUUUCACCCGCUCAACGAGGACAGAAAAGGCAGGUUUUUUUUCAUGGCCCGGUUUGGGGUUUGGAGGGUUACAGGAGUAGUCCCCGUCCCCCACCCAGGCCUCUGAUCUGUUAUUCACACGCUACUCUUGUCUGACGUGUGUUUGGGCUGUUUCUGUCCCCUGUACUGUUUUUAUUAUAAUCAGCCAGCAUGAGAAUUUUGUUUUUUUCAGGUAUAUAUAUAUAUACAUAUUUUAAUAUUUAUAGCCAAAUAUGGAGUUUCUUUAAAGUUGUAGUUUGCCAAGGAAACCAUCUCCCUCCUCUCUCUCUUUAAAAAAAAAAAAAAAAUGUGUGUUCUCUCCCUCAAACUGUGCAUAUCGCCAUGGUACCGGUGUGAUGUGUAACUAAAUGUGAAUGCAUAGCCCGUCAGGCCCUGUGUAAAAAUGUCAGUGGUGCUUUCGUUGUUUGUGUGCCCUGUGGUGCUCUGUGGGGCGUUCAAAUUUGGGGGUGAUUCUGUUCGACAGCAGUGCUCUACCCCCCCCCCCCCCCCCCACAAUGCCAAAAAAAAAAACCCCACACCCCUGCACACAUCCCAAACCCGGGUGUUUUUCUGAAUCUGCACAGGCCCUGCACAUCAUAGGCUGAACAGGGAACGGUGUGCCUGCAUCAGGGCCCAUCUGCAAUGUUAUCAGGACCGUAGCGGUCUCUGUAGAGCGACUAGGUCUUCAUAGCUGGGCAGCCAUGUUGGACAGGAAGCUAAAACAAAAACAAAAAAAAGAAAACCCUCAUUCCUUCAAGUUCCCGCAUUUACCGGUCUUUCAAACACACCACGGAGCGUUUUAAAGUCCCUAGGCCUCGGGCCCUGGUUCUGAACAGGGGUGCUUGUCCUCCCCAUUUGGGCCAACUUCGUAGGGAAGAAAAAAAUGAAUAAGUACCACUCGUGAAUUAGUGCUAGACCCGUUUGGUAGGCUGCUCUAGGAAUAAAAAGCUGUGCCCUUCUUGCCGUGCGAUAAACUAUUUUCCUGUGGCGGACACGACCUUAGCUCAACUGUUGUGCGUUCGUAUCGCACCCUUAUGCUAGUGCGGGCUCGUCUCUCGGACAGUAGGCCGCUGUGGGUGUGUCUUGUUUGUGGCAGCGCGCUUUUGAUUGGUUGAAUUUAGGUGCUAAGUUUUCAAAUUUUUUCCGUGUUUUUAAGGUGACACCUUUUUGACACCCCGCCCAUGCAGAGUACAGAGACUUUGAGAAGCUCUCUAUAAGAGCCACUCCUCCAAAAUAAAUGCCCCCAUUAACCCCCCCCCCAACCUCUGCCACACACAACCUUCUCAGCUCCAGUGAAAAAGCAUCAAGACUGACAAAUCGCAUUAGUGAGAAUAUUUAUCAGUUAUAGAAAUUAUUCUUCUGUUAUUAAUUUUCCCUCUGUACUUGCAUUUCUUUAAAUUGUACAUGAUUGUUAUUUAUUCGCUUCUCCUCAGCACCCAACCCCCCUGGUUUCAGUCCCACUUUAACAUCAUAACCUUCUUUUGCUGUGAUUUCUUUCUUUCUCUUAUCUUCAAUGAAGAAGAUUUUGUUUUGUCCUCAUCUUUUGUUGAUUGUUUUAUUGAAAAUUUGGUCGCCACAAACCAGUGGUUAAUUAAGCUACACUAAUAGUAAGACAAACUUUUUUGCAUAGGUCUAUUUUUUUAAAGUAAAUUCUGCACAUUUAGAAUGAUUUAUAGGAGUAAUUCUGUGUUUAAAAAAAUUAAAAUACCGGAUUCAUACGAAGCUGCGCUAAGUGUUGUCUAUGUGUAAAGAUCACCACAGCUGUGGUUAUGUCUAGUGCAAAGCAUUGAGCUGCCAUCUUGUAAAAAAAAUAUCACGGAUACCCAGCUCUGUGGCUGUCCUUGCGCCCUCCGGCUGCGGAGGCGCGUGCAUUCUGAGUAGUCCCGCCACCGUGUGUAAAAACGUUAGCUUUCUCUAACCGCAAUGUGAAUCUCCAGAGUUGAGUGUUAAGCAGUAUUGUAGUUUAAAACGUGAAAUCGAGGUCUCUGUGUCGGUUGUCUGUCAGAAGCCACUGUAGUCUACGCAGAGCAGGCCUCGUUUUUCCGGGUCGAUUUGUCGUCCUGUUUUUGGCGUUAAUUAGUUUUAAAUUCAUGACUCAAACUUCACCGGCCGUAGCCGAGCCGCUCCGUCUCCUCGCGAACCUCGGAUGGGGAGGCUCGCGCGCGCGCCGCAUUCCGCCGUCGUAUUUGUGUCGGGUUAUGACGUCAUCGUCAACGUAGAAGUAUGAUCUGUCCCCAUAACUGAAGGCAGUCCAGUCUUUUUUUUUUUUGGUUCAUUUUUUUGUCUCGUUUCAGUGUCUCAAACGGCCCCCCUCACCACGAAGACUGCGGAUGUAGGGUGGAAAAAGCACAUUUACAGCAUGACUAUUGUGUGUCAUUAAGCUCUGUGUUAUGAGAUAUGAUCUGUGCAUGCUUUUGACAGGCGAGGUUUGCCACGAACGCUUGAAAAAAUCACCAAGGUGAAACCAGAAAAUGGGACAGUAUUGGUGUUCAAAGUGCUUUUAGUUAACGGUUUAUAAAAAUACGCUGCAAAAAAAUAUCGUAUUUUCUCAUUAUAGGAAAAAAGACAAACUGCAGUGCCUGCUUUUUUCCCUCACGUUGGUUCACAAAUUUUGUUUUUCUUAAAUUAUGUUCUGGAAAUAUAAAUCAUAAUAUUUAAGGAGAACAAAAGCUGCAUGUUUUGUUUUUGUUUUUUUCUUUGGGGAUGAAAAAGGAAGAAUUAAUUAAUUCCAUUCUUUGGUGUUUUAAUAGAAAUGCUCCUGUGGUGAGAACGUGUGAUUGUUUUGCAGUGUAUCAGUAUUUGAUAUGCCUAAUGUUUUGUUUAAACUGGAAAAAGGAUCAUGGUGUUGGAAGAGAUUUGGAAGAAAAAAAAAAGAUUGUUGGAAGGCAGAAAUUGAGAUUUUUGAGGUGGAGAAAGCUGCUUGUUUGAACAAGUAUCUCAGAAGAACCUGGGUAAUUGUAUAGAGAUGAAACAAAUUUGUAUAAAAGACAUAUUUUUGUACUUCAUCAGAUCUCUACAUGCAUGACAGCAAUAAUAAAACUUUCAUAUGGAAA